GCCAUUAUACCAUAGAAGAAGAAGGUCGUCACUUGCAUACCAGAAGUGACGUUUUUUGCGCUCCUAGCGAAACUUUGGUGCCACGCAUACAGUUUGUUGACAUGAUGAUGAUGAUGCUGCCGAAAUCUCUUGUGCUUAACUUAUUUUUAUGUCUACAGAUUUAUAAUGUCAUUGUUGAUGUUACAGUUGCAGUUGCGUCAAUCGAUGAUGUGAAGAUAGAGGUGUUAUUCACGCCAGAGGACUGCUCAAAAAAGAGCAAAAAGGGAGACCUAAUGAAUGCACACUACGAUGGGUACCUUGCUAAAGACGGUUCUCAGUUCUACUGUAGCCGCUCAGACAAAGCUGGACAUCCUCAGUGGUUUGUGUUGGGAGUCGGACAAAUCAUCAAGGGCCUGGACAUGGCAUUGAAUGACAUGUGUGCUGGGGAGAAACGCAAAGUCACUGUUCCACCUGAGCUAGCCUUUGGAGAAAAAGGAAAAGGUCCUGUCCCACCCAAUGCUACAUUGAUCUUCGAUGUGGAGCUCUACUCUGUGUCCAAAGGGCCACGCAGCCUGGAGUCCUUCAGAGAUAUAGACCUGGAUGACGACAAGGUUCUCACUAGGGAUGAGAUGACAUUCUACUUCAAGGUGGAGUAUGAGAGAGAUGGUAGUAAACCUCGUGAAGACUCCUUCUAUGAGAGAAUGGUGAAUGAUGUGUUCCAGAAGAGUGACCACGAUAGAGAUGGAUUGAUAACAGUGAAGGAAUACAAUAUCUAUGAACAUGAUGAGCUCUAGGACCCACCAGUGGCUGCACUGACUUACAGUAUGAGGGUACAUUUGUUAUUGUUUUUUACACACUACAAACAUCAGUGGAUAUUCCACAGAUGCUGAUUUGGCUGCAGAGUUUGACUAAUAAAACCACUAAAUUGUA